AACGAAGUGAUGAUUCUACCUGAAGUAAUUCUCAGGUUUCACUCAAGACACCCUUGCGUCAGCAACAGCUGUCCUGGAGAAGGGACUGGCGGGGACUGCUCCGAUAAACUCUCCUUAGUAAAGUCAAGGCUUGAAGGAAGAGUGAAAGUCUCAAGACUAUAACUUGGUUGUGUGGAAAUUUAAAGUUUGCUUGUGCAAGACCCUUGCUGAGAGGCAGGCAGAGAGAGGGGUCUCCCUUAGUGCAGAAUGAGAAGAUGGCAUGCCUGCUACCUCCAACAGGCCCUGAUGCCUUCCGACGCUUCACUCCAGAGUCUCUUGCCGAGAUCGAGAAGCAGAUCAUUAAGGAGAAAGCUGAAAAGGAAAGGAAACAGCAUGUAGAGACCUCGGACGAGGAAGAAGACAAGCCGAGCGGCAACCUUGAGGCCGGCAAACCCCUGCCCUUUAUAUAUGGUGAUCCACCUCCCGAAAUCAUUGCAGAGCCAAUAGAGGACUUGGAUCCCUUUUACAGUGCAAAAAAAACUUUCAUAGUCAUUAGUAAAGGGAAGACAAUCUUCAGGUUUAAUGCUGAGCCUGCCUGCUACAUCCUGAGCCCUUUUAGUCUGAUCCGGAGAGGAGCCAUCAAGAUUCUUAUACAUUCAUUGUUUAGUUUUUUCAUCAUGGUAACCAUUUUAACAAACUGUGUGUUCAUGGCAAUGAGCAACCCUCCCGCCUGGAGUAAAAAUGUUGAGUAUGCUUUUACAGGCAUUUAUACCUUUGAAGCACUGGUCAAAGUUUUAGCAAGAGGGUUCUGUAUUGGUGAUUUUACAUUCCUACGAGAUCCAUGGAACUGGCUUGAUUUCUGUGUUAUUAGUAUGGCGUAUCUCACGGAGUUUGUUGAUUUGGGCAAUGUUUCCGCACUCAGGACUUUCCGUGUACUCCGAGCUCUUAAAACAAUCACUGUUAUUCCUGGAUUGAAAACCAUCGUGGGCGCUCUGAUUCAGUCAGUGAAGAAGCUUGCAGAUGUGAUGAUUCUUACAGUGUUCUGUCUCAGUGUUUUUGCUCUCAUUGGUCUUCAGUUGUUCAUGGGUAACCUACGACAAAAGUGCGUCAAAUGGCCCCCACCUAUCAGCGAUACUUGGGUUGACGACGGCUACAUUGUAGGAAAUGAUUCCUUUGGAACUUCAACCAUGGGUUACAAUAACACAGAUAAUAGUACUGUUGGUGGCUUCGACUGGAAUGAAUACAUCAACAAUAAUGAUAACUACUAUUUUCUUCCGGGAUCUCUUGACGCACUUCUCUGUGGAAACAGCUCAGAUGCUGGAAAGUGCCCAGAAGGAUUCAUCUGCAUGAAGGCUGGAAGGAAUCCGAACUAUGGCUAUACCAGCUAUGACACUUUCAGCUGGGCUUUCCUCUCCUUGUUCCGUCUCAUGACUCAGGACUUUUGGGAGAACCUCUUUCAACUGACGCUACGUGCAGCUGGUAAAACCUACAUGAUAUUCUUUGUGGUGAUCAUCUUCCUGGGUUCGUUCUACCUCAUCAAUCUGAUCCUGGCUGUGGUUGCCAUGGCCUACGCAGAGCAGAAUGAAGCCACGCUAGCAGAGGCACAGGAGAAAGAAGAGGAGUUUCAGAGGAUCUUAGAACAGCUGAAAAAGCAGGAGGCACAGAUGCAUAGUCGGGCAGGUACACAUGACAGUCACGAAUCACUUGCUAGUAAUAAAGUUCGGAAAAAAGGUGGCGGUUCAGGGCAUGAAUUCACUGACGAUGAACACAGCCUUGGAGACGAUGGAGAGAAGAUCAAAGACUGCAAUGGAAGAGCUAUGCCCAGAAUCGUCAUAGACAGGGUCUGUACAGAUGAAGAAACUUUUGCUGAGGAUGAAAGGAGUAAGAAGUCAGGAUCCCAACAGAAUAUGACCCAUUUAGAUGAGCUGGGUCUUCAAAAAAGAACAGCCAGUGCUUUGAGUGUCCUCACCAGUGCUAUGGAAGAGAGGGAAGAGGUUCAGCAGAAGUGCCCCCCCUGGUGGUACAAAUUUGCCAAUACGGUCCUGAUUUGGGAUUGCUGCCCUCUGUGGAUCAAAUUUAAGGAGUUUGUGAAGUUUGUGGUGAUGGACCCCUUUGUGGAUCUCGGAAUCACAAUCUGUAUUGUGCUCAACACCCUUUUCAUGGCUAUGGAGCACUACCCCAUGAGUACUGAUUUUGAUGAAAUGCUUUCCGUGGGAAACCUGGUGUUUACUGGAAUCUUCGCUGCUGAAAUGGUGUUCAAACUCAUUGCCCUGGAUCCAUACUAUUACUUUCAGACUGGUUGGAACAUCUUUGACAGUAUCAUUGUCACUCUGAGUUUGGUAGAGUUGGGGCUUGCAAAUGUUGAGGGUCUCUCAGUGCUGCGGUCAUUCCGUUUACUUCGUGUUUUCAAGCUUGCAAAAUCCUGGCCCACCCUGAACAUGCUCAUUAAGAUCAUUGGCAACUCCGUGGGAGCUCUGGGAAACCUCACUUUGGUUUUGGCCAUUAUCGUUUUCAUCUUCGCUGUGGUAGGAAUGCAGCUUUUUGGAAAAUCCUACAAAGAAUGCGUCUGCAAGAUCAGCCUAGAUUGUGAACUGCCUCGUUGGCACAUGCAUGAUUUUUUUCAUGCCUUCUUGAUUAUAUUCCGAGUCCUGUGUGGGGAGUGGAUUGAGACCAUGUGGGACUGCAUGGAGGUGGCAGGACAGGGAAUCUGCCUGGUCCUCUUCAUGAUGGUCAUGGUGAUUGGGAACUUGGUGGUGCUGAACCUCUUUUUAGCCUUGCUGCUCAGCUCGUUCAGUGGUGACAACCUCGCCGGCGGCGACGAAGAUGGUGAAAUGAACAAUCUUCAGAUUGCCAUUGGCAGGAUUACUAGGGGUAUUGACUUUGUGAAAAACACAGCCUUGGGGCUCAUUUGGAGAGUGCUGGACAAAAAGCCAAAGGAGGAAGAGGAGGAUCUGAAGAAGGAUGACUUUGUGCUCAAUCACAUGGUCUCGGGAGAAGACACCAAGCUGGAUUUGAAGUGUGUGGAUGGCGUGUCUGGGAAGGACACACAUGUAGUGGAAGAAGUAAACCGCACAGAAUUUCUGGUUAAUCCUGACUUGACCAUUAGCGUCCCAAUCGCUCUUGCAGAAUCUGAUUUUGAAAGUCCAGAUGAAGACGACUUUAGCUCAGACUAUGAGACUGAAGAAACUAAAAAUCAGAAGAGGGGAGAUGUAGGGACCUGCAGCCCAGCUGAUUACAAACCUCCUGAAGUUCAAGAGGAGGUAGUUACGGAGGAGACCCCUGAAGCUGAUCAACCAGAAGCAUGCUUUACAGAAGGCUGCAUCCGGCGAUGUCCAUGUUUGACUUUUGACAUCACUCAAGGCAAAGGAAAGAAUUGGUGGACUUUAAGAAAGACCUGCUUUGUAAUUGUGGAGCACAACUGGUUUGAAACCUUCAUCAUCUUUAUGAUUUUGAUGAGCAGCGGUGCGCUGGCAUUUGAAGACAUAUAUAUUGAACAACGAAAGGUGAUAAAAAUCCUCUUGGAAUAUGCAGAUCAAGUGUUCACCUAUGUAUUUGUUAUUGAAAUGCUUUUAAAGUGGACUGCCUAUGGUUUCAAGACAUACUUUACAAACGCCUGGUGCUGGCUCGAUUUUCUCAUUGUGGAUGUUUCUUUGAUCAGUUUAGCAGCAAACUUAAUGGGAUAUUCUGAACUAGGACCCAUUAAAUCCCUACGGACGCUGAGAGCUUUGAGACCCUUGAGAGCACUGUCACGGUUUGAGGGCAUGAGGGUUGUGGUGAACGCCCUGCUUGGUGCCAUCCCAUCAAUCAUGAAUGUCCUGCUGGUUUGUCUCAUCUUCUGGCUCAUCUUCAGUAUCAUGGGAGUCAACAUGUUUGCUGGGAAGUUCUACAGAUGUGUUAAUGUCACCUCUGAAGAAAUAUUUAAUACCAUGGUGGUCGACAACAAGACUCAAUGUCUGGAGUUAAUAGAACAAAAUUUCACUGAAGUUCGCUGGGUGAAUAUGAAGGUUAACUUUGACAAUGUGGGGAUGGGAUACCUUUCAUUAUUGCAAGUGGCAACCUUCAAGGGCUGGAUGGACAUCAUGUAUGCUGCAGUUGACUCCCGGAGGAUUGAGGAUCAACCAUCUUAUGAAAUUAACCUCUACAUGUACAUAUAUUUUGUCAUUUUCAUCAUUUUUGGAGCCUUCUUCACUCUCAACCUCUUCAUUGGUGUCAUUAUUGACAACUUCAAUCAGCAAAAGAAAAAGUUUGGAGGGAAGGAUAUCUUCAUGACAGAAGAGCAGAAGAAAUACUACAAUGCCAUGAAAAAGCUUGGCUCGAAGAAACCACAAAAGCCUAUUCCAAGACCACAGAAUAAAGUCCAAGGAGUGGUGUUUGAUAUAAUCACCAAACAAGCGUUUGACAUCUUGAUUAUGGUCCUUAUUUGCCUCAACAUGGUGACCAUGAUGGUUGAAACGGAUGACCAGAGUGCACAGAAAGAAGAUAUCCUCUAUUUAAUCAACCUGAUCUUCAUUGUGAUUUUCACUACAGAGUGUGUCCUCAAAAUGUUUGCACUGAGGCAUUACUUUUUCACUGUGGGAUGGAAUAUUUUUGAUUUUGUUGUGGUCAUUCUUUCUGUUGUUGGUAUUAUGCUGGCAGACAUCAUAGAAAAGUACUUUGUCUCACCAACCCUUUUCAGAGUUAUAAGACUGGCAAGAAUUGGUCGCGUUUUACGUCUCAUUCGGGGGGCCAAGGGAAUCCGAACGCUGCUGUUUGCCUUGAUGAUGUCACUUCCUGCUUUGUUCAACAUCGGGCUGCUUCUCUUCCUGGUUAUGUUCAUAUACUCAAUAUUUGCAAUGUCAAACUUUGCUUACGUAAAACAUGAGUCAGGCAUCGAUGACAUAUUUAACUUUGAGACGUUUGGAAACAGUAUAAUCUGUUUGUUUCAAAUCACCACUUCAGCCGGCUGGGACGGUCUCCUCAACCCUAUCUUAAACAGCGGCCCUCCAGACUGUGACCCCACUAUUGACCACCCUGGGACCGAUGUAAAGGGGAACUGUGGCAAUCCAGGCAUGGGCAUGAUGUUCUUCACCAGCUAUAUCAUAAUUUCCUUCCUGGUUGUUGUCAACAUGUACAUUGCCAUCAUCCUGGAAAACUUCAACGUGGCCACAGAGGAAAGCAGCGAACCUCUUUGUGAGGACGACUUUGAGAUGUUUUAUGAGACGUGGGAGAAGUUCGACCCCGAUGCCUCCCAGUUCAUCGAAUACAGCAGGCUCUCUGAAUUCUGUGACACGCUCAAAGAUCCUCUCAAGAUACCAAAGCCGAACAAAAUCAAACUGAUAUGCAUGGACCUACCCAUGGUCAUCGGGGACAAAAUUCACUGCCUGGAUAUCCUGUUUGCUCUAACUAAAGAGGUGCUCGGAGACUCAGGAGACAUGGCUGCUCUGAAGGAAUCCAUGGAGGAGAAAUUCAAGGCUGCCAAUCCAUCGGAGGUUGCCUAUGAGCCUCUCACCACGACCCUUAAGAGGAAACGAGAGGAAGUUGCCGCGACCAUCAUACAGCGAGCCUACAGGAGACACCUGCUAAAGCGUUCUGUGAAGCAAACGUCUUGCAUGCAUUUGCAAAACGGCAAGCAUGACAAAAAGGAGGAGGAGAUGGAGGCUCCAGAAAAGGGGGGUUUAAUUGCAGAAAAGAUGUGUGAAAACUAUGGGAAAGCAGAGGAAGGGGUUCCGAAGGUGGUAGUGGAGGUUACGGAUGAAGUCGUUCCACUUUGUGAUCCACAGAUCACUGCUUCAUCCACUACUUCAGGAGGAAACAUAAGGGAAUCUAUUGUAUAAUGUAGAGAGAAGAAAUACCUUCAUCUUCAUGUAGUAUCUGUGUAGAAUGCCAUCCUGCUAAGACUGCUGGUUCCUCACAGCGGAGAACUAUGUGCCUGCAUUGCUAGUAAAAUGUCGAGACGGUCAAUUUGAAGCUGUAAGUGUGUAAUGUUUUUACUAUCCACUAGAGGGCAUAAGAGUACCGGGUCAUUAAGGUUUCCCUACUUCAAUUCACCAGAUUCCAUCAGCAUUGUGUGGCUGUAGAAUGCUGUCUUACUGCUUCUAAAGGAGUAGAGCUCCCCUAGUGGCACUAAAAAGUAGAGCACAACAAAUAGAGGCCCCCUAGUGGUGACACCCUGCAACAGACAUGGAAGAUACACAAAAAAGGGGAGGUUUACUGGAAAGAGGUAGUAUUAUAUAGAAAUUAUUUUACAGUAAAUACAUUUAGAAAACUAGUAUCUGGUAAUAGCUAUAUUUGUCUGGGUAAGCAAAACAAUGCAUUUAAAGAAAUGUGUCUCGGUAAAGAGCAGGGAUGUGCAUAACAUUUGGAUUUCAGGGUCAUUGCUGCAGUUAUAACAUUAAUGAAAUUCACUUUGUGCAAGGUUAAUGUAAUCAUCAAAGAACCAUUGCUCACUGUUUCCGUAAAUUCCUCAUUUAAAGUUUAGGGAAGAUUUUAGGGAAAACAGUCACCGUAUUCCUUCGAAUUUAAGACACAGCCCAAAUUUACCACCCUCAAUUUGAGGAAAAAAUUAAACAUCAAAUAAAUAUGCAUUUACAAAGAUACAACUUCAAUUACGCUAUUGUAUCGUACAAAACUGACACGAAACAGUGUUGUAGAUUAACCAAAGAGUGUCACAUUUGUGCUGCUUGUGUUUUCGGGCAGACGUCUUUGUUGUCUUUUCUCGGCAGUCAGUCACGUUGCUGUUUGUGUACUCGGAUAGUCACGUCUUUCGUUGGCGAUUAAUACAUGCAAAACUAUACUGUACUUAAAUUUAAGACACAGGCUAUUUUUGAGAAGCAAAAAAUGAAGCAAAAAAGCGCAUCUUUAAUUUGAAGGAAUACAGUGCAUUAAAUAAUACAUUAUAGUAUUUUGUGCACAUCCCAAAUAUGUCUGAUGUAACAAUGCAAUCAGCAGGAAUAUGGAUAGUUUGAUAGAAAUAUGCACUAAAUAUGCCUUAAUGAAACAUACAAUGCUUUAUCAAAAGUAUGCAUUUCCCAUAAAAGCAAAACAGAGGACUAGAUUCUCAAAGCUAUUUACUCCUAAAUUACAUUUGUGUGAUAUUUCCAUAGAGUAAUAACACACCAAACCAGAAAUAAAGAUCUUAGACAUGUGGGGCUGGGGCUUGUGAGUCGUAUUGAGUUGUUUCUUACUUGUCUUGUGUUUGUAAAUAGUGUUUUUUUCCAAUCAGACAAAAAUAAUGCUAAUGAGGAUUUGGAGAAAACAACUUUGAGAAUGUAGCCCGGAAUGUCUUGUGGGGUAAAUGUACACACAGUAGAGGGGAGAAGAGGUGACAUGCCGUGUGCAAUUAGGAAGUUUUUGUAUACAAAUAAAUGUUUAUUAUCCAGCAGAUUUGUGUCUUUUUAGAGUCAGUUAUACAGUUUAAGGGAUUUGUUCUGUCGUGAUUAUUUAUAAAUGUGAAAAAAAAUGUGCAAACAUGUUUUAAAGUUUACAUCAUGAGAAUAUGCAAAUAUGUGGAACUAACUGCAACUGUUUAACUUAAUUUAAGCUUAGAUUUCUACAAUAUCAAAUUACAAAUUAUGCAACAUUUUCCCUGUAUUAAUUUUGCUUAUUAAUUCUAUAUGUAUAAACAUUUUAAGUACAGGUUAAUAUAUUCUCAGAUAUGCAUGCGUUCUUGUUCUAGUGAGCCGGAGGUAGAGGCGAGUCUAUUUCAAAGCCUAGCCAACAACUGUCUACAGGCAGGAUAAGACCCUGCCAGAUUGCAUCAUUUGGGUUAUCCCGGGAUAUUCAUGGAUAGGCAGUACAGUAGAUCAGUGGUAUGCAAACUUUUUAUAUGUUUUUCCACUUUUCUUAGCAUACAUUUUGCAGCCCCCCCCCCCACUUAGCAAUUCAACAUUUACCUGACAGAUACAUUUGAAAAACAUUAUCGUUAAGCAAUUAAAUCUCAAAAAAUAAUUCCUGGUUUUCACAAGAUAUUUAUUUUGCCAGAUAAAUCUGAAGCUAAAUACGCCCAUUGAAGCCAUUGAUUUGGCAUUGUAUGCUGCAGAGCUGCCCUUACACUCUGAGAGCCAAUGUCUCCGCUUCCCCACCUCCUCUGCAUACUACAACGCCACACAAAUGUACACAUUUCAAUACUUUUAAGAAUGUGUUUAUUAACAUUUAUGUAUUUAGCUAAAUCAGAACUUUUUGGUUAAAUCUAGGAACAAAAACAUGAUUUACAUUAAAUCCAGGAAAAACACUGUUAAAAUAUUAUUAUUUAUUUAUUUAUUUUACACUUUGCACCCAAUACAUUGAAGCUGCAUUUUGGCUCAGUUAACUGCUGUUUCACUGACACUCGCCACUUCAAAUAUCAUUUCUCCGGUUCUACAAGCCCUAGAGUGAUCACCAAUGGCUCAUUUGAAAGGUAAUAACUUGGACUAAUUAGUUGUCAUUUAUGUAUUUAUUAAAAAAAUUCUAUCCUUUAAAAAAAAAAAAAGUAUUUUUACACAACUGCCUCUUUAGUCAUAUGUGCGACCCACAGUAUGUACACCACUGCAGUAAAUGCAAUCUGGGGUGAUUCACAAGUGCUAUAAAAUGCUCCAACAAUCCAGCUGUGGCUUAUCCAGGUGGGGUAUUGGCUCACCCUUAAAUGAACUUAAAACGAACUGAUUAAUUAAACUAUAUCAAGAUAACAACGCACUUACUGUAGAAUAACAUUCACUUACUGUAAAACAGCAUCCAUUGCACAGAGGAAAUCUCACUGUAAAUUGAAGCAAAAACUCAUUUUAAAUACAAAUUCUGCAUAUUGGUUAGCCUCCACUAUACAGUACUUAAGUAUGCAUUUUCUUGGUUCAAGUUAUGUUGAGCAGGCUAAAGUGUUCUUUUUCCUUAGCCCCAGAAUUCGGACUCUUAUAUAAGAUCCAGAGCAGUGCUAAUGAACAGUGCAUGUUUAAUUUCUUUUUCUUUCUUAGUCAAAAUGUCUCCAUACUUGUUGUGGUGUAUAUACAGGAUAUAUAACUCAGGAAGCCCAGUAUCGCUUAUGCUGCACACAGAAUCUUGCAGUUUCACUGUACAGGCCCUGUGUACUUUGGUGUGAGAGUAAACUUUUUGCACAUUUAUGACUAGCUAUUCAGUCACACAGAAUAAUAAUUGAAUAGGAAAACGACUAGAUUGAGACUCCUAAUGUAUCUAUACUUUUGGGCCUAGUGUGUACAUUGUAGUAACUGAAGUCCUUAGAGCAGGAACCCGGUAAGUUCCACUGUUUUUAAAACCCAAGAACAUAUUUGAAUUUGCUGUAAUAUUAGGAAUGUGGCUGUAAUACGAAUGUGCAUAUUGUUGCUGUGACUAUGUACCAUAAACACUGUUUGCUGAAACACUUGACUUUAGUUCUAUGGGCCUCACUUAAAAAAGGGUGCUAAACUUUAUGGUACGCGAUAAUUGCAGUUACUGUGCAUGUUAAUGAUUUCCGUAUUUACUAUUGCAAUUUUAUUCAUUAUCGCGCAAAAUAGUGGGCAUAUUAUGGUGCACACUCAUUUUAUUGUGCCAUACUAUGGUAAUCAGAAUGAAUAUGUGAUUUGUAUGGUAAUGCAUGAUUGUGUAUUUAAAUGAGCAUCCAUCUCAGAAUAAUGAGAUGAGCUGUUUUCACAAGGUAUUUAUUAAAGAGCGAUAAUUUUAGUGCAUGCAUUAAAGUGAUCAUUUAUUGGUGCAUAUGGAAACCAGGCUUUAAUCACUGAUAGGUGCGCUAUUUUUCUGUCCUGAAAAAUAGUUCGAUUCGUUUGAUUCACUAACGCGAAAUAAAUACAUCUUUCUGAAUUACUUGGUUAUGAAAAUUAGUUUGAUCGGAAAAAUCUGGCAGCAAUGGCCAUUUAAGUUAAGAUUGGCUUAAUAGGAAUGUCACUCAUACAAUGCAGAUUGCACAUGUUGAAUACGCGUGUUUUUAAAGAGGCGGGUUGUUUUAAACAAGAAUUCCAAAAUGAUACAUCAGUGCAAUUUUAGAAACUAAUGGGUGGGCCGUAUGCAUUCAAGGAGAAAGGAAAAAGUUUUUUUUUUUUGUUUUUUUUUAACAUCACAUAACAAAAUGUUAAAAUUAAACGGUAAGCAGUGCCGUUUCACUUGACGUUGCCUCUGCCUGUCCCCUGCGGAGGGCUGCGUCUGUUGAUGACUCAUUUUCGGUCAGUGUAAGCCACAUCCACCUUCACAAUAAGCUACUGACCAAAAGAUACACCAGGACUGCUGGGUCUUUUGAUAUCAUGGUGGUCACGGGUAAGUCUCUAACAUUAUCAUGCACGUUAAAUUAUCGCUCAUAAUACAUGUAGCGUGCUCGGUAUGGUAUGUAAAUUAGCCAAAUAUUGUGCAUGUAAAUUAAAGUAAAAAAUUUAGAUUUAUCACACGUUAGGCUCACCACUUUACAUAUACGCUAACUCCAAAUGUAGUGCCCUUUCGUAAAUGAGGCCCUAUGUCUACUGUUUAAGCCACUUUCAAAUAAGAUAGUUUGAGAUUUAUUUUCACUGAUAACUUACAUUGUUCACAUAAACUUGAUGUUUAGAAACAAGAUAUAUAUAAUAUGCUGUGCCAAUGUUUUCAAUUUUUAUUGAAUCCUGUGAAUGAAGACACUUUAAUGAAUGUUAUACAGAGGUACUAUAGGGAACUUUUCAGUUGUUUUUUAAACAAUUUGUUGAUUCACCAAACAUAUUCAGUCUUAAAACAUCCAAGUCUUCAUUUUAAAAAAGAAAACAUUGUAUGCAAGCACUUUUUAAUGUUGUUAAAAAGUAAAAAUAAUAAUUUUAAAAAAUGACAUUGAUGAAAAAAAAAAGGUUUCAAUGGCUGUUCCUGCAUGCAACCUGUAAAAUGAUACUCCAGGAAUGAAUUAAUCUGUGUGAUCUUUUUUUUUCCUUGAAGAAAAUGUAAUACCAUGCCGUCUAUAUACACAGUGGUUUGAUGUUGAUGUUACAUUUUGAUAUGCUCACUGAAACUUUGCAGAAUGGCAGACUAGAACACAUUUUCAAUGUCACUGUCCUGUUGCUGAAUAUCUUCACAUAGCUUUGUGCUGUAACUGUCGCUGGCGGCAUUGUCAAUGCUACAGAGCUCUUCCAUCGUUUGCUGUUUCCAGUUCAGCAAUGGUAUGGGGAGUGUGGACACAUCGACACUGACAUUGUCAACUAAUCUAAAUACGGCCACACUUUGUGUACCAGCAUUAUGAAAAAUAACAUGUCCAACAGUGCAUGUGCUUUAGGGUGUAAACUUGUAGAACGCCAGGAAAGGUCAUAUUAUUCUUUGUGACAGAUCUGACAAAAUUUAGAUCAAAUGAAUAGGCUCCACUGUCGCCAGUGAUCGACAAUUAGCUAGUUCUUUGUUUUCCAUUUAUAACAUUAUAGUGCCUUGUUCACAGUGAGUUAUUUGUUCUUUUUUUGUAAGUCUGUUUUGAUUGUACAAAAUUAUGUAUACAAUAAUGAAAGCAACAGUCAAGUAUAGUUUCACGAAUAUCAUAAAUACAAAACAUUCUAUAUUUGCAUACUAUGGAUUUUUUAUGAGCCCUGGAUAUGUUCUUAUUCGCUAAUCAUUUAUUACUGUUUCUGAACUUUUUUUUCCUGGUUUAAUAAAGUCCCAGCAGGCAGAGCAAGGCUGGACUUUGUGCAUUAAACCAGUACAAAGGGUAAAGCUUACACCAGGUAAAAUAUGCCAGAAACAGUAAUACAUGAUGAUUAAAAACUUACAGCAUGGGGUAAUAACAGAUAAGUAAUAUAAAUAUAAAUUCAGAGGGUAAACAUUAUUCCUUUUAAUAUCUCAUGAGUUAGAGCUUUGUGAGUAGACAUGUUACUUAGUGAAGUAAAUAUCAGUAAUGAUCUGUUUCACUUAUUCAUUAUCAUAAACAGACAUAGGGUUGCUAAUAUGAAUACAUUUAAUAAAUAAAAUAAUAAAAAAGUAUCUAAGUGUUAAUGGCAAGACUUGAUUUGAUCAACCUAUGCUGCACCAGGAUGUGUGACAGCUGCAUGUUCCAGUAUCAGGGAAUCCACCUGGACUGAACUGACCACUUAUUUUCAGUGGUGGUCCGAUGAUAACCACAGAUUGGUGGUUGAUGUCGAUUCCUCUGUGCUGUAAGACAAAUAAAUCUAGCUAUGGCUUAGGUUAGAUAAAUCAACACUUACAGCAUCCUGCUAUGUGAAUUUAUUACAAACUGCAGCGUUCACACUGUCCUAUAGCUAACCUGCCUCUCCAUGAAGUCUUGUUACUCAAGCCAUUUCUGCAACAUAAAAAAAAAAGCCCUGCACAUUUAAAAAGCACUGUACUCACAGCUGAUGUCACGCCUCCUUAUCAUAUCAAGUUACACGAGUCGAUAGAAAAAAUUACGAAAAUUGUUGCACAGCAUUUUGUUUAUAAUUUGGUUUUAUUUAUAAUUUAUCAUAUUAAAAAAAAAAAAAUGGAGGAUGCUGAUCAUCUGUUCAUGUGUCCUGCAAUGACCGUUUGAAGUUUGUCAAGAAAAAGAAAAAAACAAAACAAAAAAGGUUUCAUUUUGAAAUGAUUUGAGUUGUUUUAAAUAUUACAUUGCUUUAACAUUAAUACCUAGAAUGCUUUUGCCAAUUUGCUACUUGUGGCGACUGGUAAAUUAUAUAUCGUUGUUUACAUGUAUGGAAAGUGAGUUCGUGCCAGGAGCUGUUUGCCUACUAUCACUGUUGCCUGUACAUACUUUUUGCUCAGCGCUGGAAGUGCUUUUUAAGACCUUUGUAUUAUCUAUAUAAAGUGUUUUACUUUGUAAAGUUGUUAGAAUAAACCACCGUAAA